CUUUCUCCGGAAGACACCUUUUAACAACUCGACUGACUCUUGCACCAUUGCUCUGAAAAGAUGUUGAAACUGACUAGAUUCCCCGUGGGAGCUGCUACCAGAUGGAGUAUGAGAACACUUGCAACAGAGGUGUCUCAGGCCUCGGGACAUCCACAGCCACAGCCAUCAGCGACGGGCUCAGAGGGCUCCAACGAGACGUUGAAGAAGUUCUGGACCAAGGUUGAUCUCGUCAAGAACGAUUCGUCGUAUGAGCUCCAGCUGGAUAACAAAUCGCUGAGAACUCCUCUGGGGAACAAUCUGAGCAUCCCAUUGUCCCGUGGUGUUCUUGCACACAUGUUGUUGCACGAAUGGAGCUCUCUGAGUGGAGUCAUCAAGACCCAUUCUUUGCCAUUGACAUCGCUAACAUCGCGUGCCAUUGAUCUGAAGUUUGCCAAUGAGCAGAACGAUGAACAAGCGAUCACCAAGGUUGGCAAGCGUUCUGAUAUCAUUGAGAUGCUGCUGAGAUACUUGGACACUGAUACCCUCUUGGUCUUCUCCCCUGCGAAGGAGUACGAGGGCACCUUGAGAAAGGCCCAAGAAGACCUAUACAGACCUGUCAUCAAGUCAGUUGAAGGCUUGCUCGGUGGCCAAUUGUCAUACUUGGACUCCGACCGUGAUGGACUCCGUGGUAACAGACAAUCUGAUGAGACUAGAGCCAAGGCCCGUGAAUGGCUCAAUGCUCUUUCAUACUGGGACCUCGUUGCCUUUGAAAAGGUGACACUGACAACAAAGUCAUUCAUCUGUGGUGUCCUUGUUGUGUGUUCAAAGUCCUCACAUGGCCUGAGCCAUCCUCAGCUGAACAUCUCUUUGGAGGAGAUUGCACACUUGGCUUCUUUGGAGAUUGUCUACCAAACAGAGCGUUGGGGUGAAGUCGAAGACACCCACGACGUUGAUUAUCAGGACCUGAGAAGAAACAUCAACAGUGCUGCUAUGCUGUGCUACGAGGAAAGAGCUUGAGGACGUAGCAAACACAACCUUGUAUAUAAAUUGAGAUUACAUUCAUAUUAGUCCUUUCCACACUGACGUAAGC